GUCACACAAGACAAAAAGAUCCGCAUAUGACUCUAAAAGAGUUUCAUUUAGAGGAGGUCCUCCGGCAAAACCACCACCACCUCAUCAGGUCAACCCAGUUGCAGCAAGGUCAAAUUUUGGUCUAAACGGUUUCAAUCCUCAGUUUACCACCCAAUCCAAUCUCCAAAAGGCAAACAUAUGAGGAGAUCUUCUCGCAGAAGGCAUGAUGUCUCAUACUAUGAAAAUGAGGUUGAUGAUGAUUUACAUAUGAACCAAGCAAACAUUGUUCCAGAUGGAAAAUCCCAAGAAAAUGUAACUCCUGAUGAGGGCCUGCGGCCUGCCUACCCAAUGGGAAUCCCAAUGCAGAUUGAUGAUGAAGCUGGUUCAAUUCCAAAUGGUCCGAAAAAGGUUGAAGUAAUAAUUGAUUCGGAAUCUGGUUCAGAUGUCCAUAUAAUUGAGGAUAGAGUUGAUACUUACACUUAUCCCGAUCCAGAAUUUCAUGAUUUUGACAAGGACAGGGAAGAAAGUUGCUUCUCAGCUGACCAACUGAGAGGCCAAAGGUCCAAAAGUCACCAAGGCCCCCUUGCCGCCUCUGCCCAAACUUCAUCUUCUUCGACCGGAAAAGGAACAGAGCAAAGCUUCCGGAUCUUCUUCUCCAAUUCUCUAUCCCAAAAUCCAGAGACAGGUCGUACACACAGAUCUGCCUCCACUGCCAACCCUAGCGACUCUAGGGUUUUUGCCGACAUAUCAGACGACCACCGAGAUAGUCAUCUGUUGGCAGUCCGAACAGCCUUGCUCUUCAGAGAGAUGAUGUCUGAGGACGGAAAGAUCAGGAUAGAGAAGUUUGAUGGGCAAGAUUUUGGAUGGUGGAAGAUGCAAGUCGAGGACUUGCUAUGUCAGAAACAUCUUCCUCCAUGUUUGACAGGUCAGAAACACGAGAAGAUGAAGGAUGAAGAAUGGGCUGACUUGGAUAGAAAAGCCCUAGCUGUCAUCAGGUGCACUUUGACAAAGAGUGUGGCUUUCAACAUCAUGAAAGAGACUACUGCUCGUGGGGUUAUGACAACGUUGUCAAACAUGUAUGAGAAACCUUCCGCGUCUAAUAAGUUGAUAUCAAAUUUGAUGAUGAGAGACACAGUCGAGUCCUGGAUUAUGGACUCAGGUGCGUCGUUUCAUGCUAUCUCUAGUUCGAGAAAGAUGAAGAAUCUCAGACAAGGCAACUUUGGUACUGUAAGUCUAGCUAAUAAUCAAACGCUGGAUAUUACUGGGGUGGGAGAUAUUGACUUAAAAACCAACUUGGGAACAAUUUGGACAUUGAAAGAUGUCAGGGUAAUUCCCAAAUUGAGAAAGAUGUUGAUUUCCAUUGUGCAAUUGGACGACCAGGGGUAUAAUGUUCACUUCGGGGAAGGACAAUGGAAGGUUGUCAAGGGAAGAGCAGAAAAGCAGGGAGCUAAACUGGUUCCUGAACCGGUUUCCGAACAAGAAACCGAAACAAUUGUCGACACAGUUCCAGAGUUUGAAGUCGGUGGAAAUGAUGAGUCAGAGGUAGCUUCUGAAAGUGGGAGUUCGGAGUCUGAAGAUGAACAAUCCCCAUUUGACCACACUGAUCAGUGGGUCAGGAGGUCCACCAGAGUUACAAAGAAGCCAGAUAGUUUCAGACACUUGUUUAGCACAUCACUCAGUGAGAGGUUGUUUCAAUCCUUGAGAUCAAUGAUGAAGCUUGUGUCUCAUGAGUUGUGUGCUCACAGAGGCAACACAACCAGGCCUUUUUUGUUUGCACAAAUGAGCGCUUUCUUUCACAGUGGCCAGACUCGUUACUCGCCCAGAAGCUUUUUUGGAGUGGAGGAUUUUGCAGAUGAUGACAAUAGCCGACCGUACACGUACCAAAAGGGAAAAAAGUCAAAGAACCCACACAAGCAUGUUUCCUUCAAGCAAAGAACUGGGCCUUUCAUAGAGCCCUUCACGCUUGACGUCUUCAUUUCAGCGCGAUAUGUUUCAGCGUCAAUCACACACAGAGUGACUUGCAAGCAGGUUGCAGUCGCGGGCACAAACUCAAAGGACAUAAAGGCCAUGCUGAAAUCAAGGUGUGACAUACCCGCAUGCUUGGCUGUUGGUCGGAUUUUGGCGGACAGAGCGAGAGAGGCUGAUGUGUACACCACUGCUUACACUCCUAGGGAUAGCGACAAGUUCGAAGGUAAAGUAAGAGCUGUGGUUCAGUCCCUCAUUGACAGUGGCAUUGAUGUCAAAGUUUAUCUCGACUGAGAGAGAUUUGAGAUAUCUCAUUGCUUUUGUUGGAUUUCUAAUUCAAUCAAUUUUGGGUGAAUUU